CUCAAGUAGUAUUUUUCUGGGUGACUUUCACUUUUACUAUUAUGGUAUCUUAUGACAAUUGGGUACUUUUUGGGGGGAAAUGUUUCACCUAAAACAGCCGGAAAUAAUUCACUAUUACUGAUCUGAAAGCCAGAGAGCACAUCAUGAAAAAUAAUCAUGUGGCUUCGAUAAAAAUGGCUUUGUCUCUCCUUAUUUCUUGGAAUACAUUAAACUAAAUCUGUCACAUUUUCCUCUUGUCAGUCUGUGUAAUUUGUAUCACAAUGAGCAACCAGCUGUGUUUGUAGAUGUGGGCUCUGGAAACAUGACGCAAAAGAGUUAGUCAGUCAGCCUCUGAUUGGACUGGCAGGGAUAGGGCUCUGAGUACGUUGGGAUGACGACUGUAGAGAGGAACCUCAUCAUUUCCUGUCCAAUACACUCUCCUAUUGGAUUAGAGCAGUUGUGGGUUGUAGCAGGAGAAUGUAUGUUAGCUCUCGGUGAGUGCAGCUGAGUUAACCAAAGAGCUGAGACUGGGGGUGAAGAAUAAACAUAUUGUGUACAAUAAACAUAAUCUGGACUAGGCUCAGGGAAAGAGGAAGAAGUGUGUUUCGUUAGCGUGCCUUAGAACAGUAGGUAAGGUAACCAAUUUCUUCUCUUGUUCAUUCUCCAGAAAGGUUUGCACUGUUUUGUUCUGCUCUUCACGGGUGUGUUUUUCAGAAGUGUGUGCAUGUGGUCUUUCCUCUGCCAAAUGCUUGAUGCUCUCCCACAAUUCUGAUUCUGUUUCAUGGGCUGAUAUACCUGAUACCUGCCUGAUAACUAAUAUUUGAAAGUGGUAGGAAGAUUUUUUUCAGGAAUCAUAUAAAAUGUAGAAAUAUAAUAUAUUUAGAAUGUCGUUUAAAAAAAAAUAUUGAUUGAAGGAGGAAUUUCUCCUGGCUGAUUCCUUUUGGGGUUGUGAUGCCUGGGCUUUGUUGUGCCUAUGUAGUAAAUGGAAUUAGGAAGAUCAGUGGCACAUGAGCACUAUAAGCCACUCACAGGCAGCAUCCUGUGUACUAAAGCACUUGAGCCUUCAUUAGUACAUCAACAGGGACUGUCUGGAGGGAUGUCAAGUGACACAAGCAUUUCAUCAUCAGGGCAACAUAGUAGAUCAUGAUGCAAGCAUUACAACGUGUAUAAUUUUACGUUUUGAUCCUGUCGAGCCAUGCUCAGCUGCUAGUUACAGUAGCAGCAGUAAGAUCAAUUCGAUAACCUUUUCAAUGGAAUGUAGGUCUGAUGGCGCUGUGUUCCCCUUACCUCUGAUGUCAAGUUGCCCUCCAUUAGGCUACAUUGUGGCUCUCAUUGUAUUAUACGUGGUUUGAUAUGGUUUGGUCGACAUUUUUUACUGAAUAGUGGAUAUAAAGAAAGAAGAUGGACUUGAGGAUAGGGCUCAACUCUUAAAAUUGUUGUUUAGGCUUGGAUAAAGUCCAGAAUAACUUUCUGUGCCCCUUUUACACUUUCUAGUGUGCUGGUAUUGCUCUUGCCAGUUGCCAUCUUAGAAUCUUAUGCAGUGAAAUAAUGUGUUCUUUGGCUUACUUGGAACUUGCUUUCAAUAUACUUGUAUUUCCUUUAUUUUGGCAGUUACCAUUAUGUCCAAAGGGUUGCCAAGUGGCACCAGAAAUUCGGCAAAAGUAAGAAAGUAAAAGCCAAGUAAGAAAGUAAAUGAAUGUGUUACUGAUACUACUUAAAUGUUUAAAAUAUUUUACUAGUAAAAGGUUAAGUAAGGUUUCAUGUAGGCUAUGCGGUCUCUGCCAUUUAACCUAGCCUAACCUCUUUGGCUUCAUAACCACUCUGCUGAGCUCUGUUGUCUUUGUAUUUCAGUCUCUUCAUUUAGGACUAUAUCAUUCUCAAGGGGUAUUUUCCUAAGGUAGGCCUAGCGGUAACCUAGCAGUUAGAGCGUUGUGCCAGUAACCGAAUGGUUGCUAGUUCAAAUCCCUGGGCCGACAAGGUGAACAAAUCUGUCUGUGCCCUUGAGCAAGGCACUUAUACCUAAUUGCUCCAGGGUCGCCGUUGAUAAUGGCAUACCCUGGCAGUGACCCCAAUCUCUCAGGGAGAGUUGGGAUAUGCAAAAACACAUUUCCAAUUCACACAUGCGUAUAAUACACACUUUUAGGUGUGAAAUAGGACAAAUAUAAGCACCUUCCAAAUUGUUAUUAAUAUUAUUAUUUAUUUAUUAUCAACUAGUGUUGCUCAUUCUGAUAAUUCUACCUUAUAAUUGUUUCUCCGUCUUAACAAAGGCACCAUCAAUUGGCAUGAAUAAAUACAGGUGCGCUUUCAGCUUUUUAAAACACUGACCUAACAUUCUUCCAGUGCUGGGAAAUGAUUGUACACUGCAAGCAUCAAUUAUAGAUAAGAUAAAAGAUUGUCAAAUCUGAAGUGACAUUGACCAGACAUGGGCCUAGAUGUUUGUGUACAGCUACAUCAGCUAGUGCAGUGCUCCAGUGAAACUCAGCUAUUAUGUCCAGCAAUAUAAAAAAAUAUAAUUAUAUAUAAACGCACCUAGGUUUGGUGCAUUGGAAUGUAUGCUUUGACAUGAAACGCAUUCAAAAAGCCUCUUUGAAAACAAAUAAAGUCAUUCAAUGUGGCUAGUCUAUAAAUUAGAUUUUGCAUUAUGCACAGUGCAUACUUGUGGCUACUGGCUAGCUCCUAGCUAUAGUUCUUCAGUAUUACUAACAUGCUUAUCUCUCUGUCUGUCUGUCUGUCUGUCUGUCUGUCUGUCUGUCUUUUAUCAAUUUAUUUUCUUCUUCCCCAUAUGCUGAACAAUUCUCAACCAAUCACCCUGCUGUCUAUAGAGCUAGCAUCACAGAUCUCUUGUGUCAAGCCUUUCCAUUGAAUUGUCUUGGUGCAUGUGCUGCUACCUGUCCAAUCUGUAAUUACCGCCACCUGCCUUGGCAAUCUUUCCACAACUGAGAGCUGAACUGUCUGAACUCUCCCUGAAACAGACGCUUCUCCCUCAAGUCUCUCUUUCUCUCCACCUCUGCCUCAUCUUCAACCAUGACGUUCAAAGUAGACAUGCAUUACGUAGUCUUCUUGCCUGUGUACCUAUUGAUGUGGCUGUACACGCUCAUCACAUUUAUCCCAUGGUAUUUCCUCACUGAUGCUGGGAAGAAGAAAACCAUGGCCAAGAGAGAGAAAGCCAAGUCCACCACAGGCAAAGCUGAGGGCCCCUAUCGUUGUGUGGAGAACUUUGACAACCUGGCACGGGAGGACUUUGAGGGAAAGGACACUCUAGACAAGCUGUUUGAGCAUGCAGUGCAGCACUUCGGCAACGCAGACUGCCUGGGCACCAGGGAGGUCCUAAAUGAGGAGAACGAGAUGCAACCCAGCGGCAAGAUCUUUAAGAAGCUGAUCCUGGGGGAGUACAGGUGGCUGUCCUAUGACGAGGUGGACCAGAUCAUCAGCCAUCUCGGUAGUGGACUGGCAGCACUGGGCCAGCAGCCCAAGAGUACCAUUGCCAUCUUCUGUGAGACACGGGCAGAGUGGAUGAUCACUGCACAGGCCUGCUUCAGACGCAACUUUCCAUUGGUCACUCUGUAUGCCACCCUGGGGGAGGAGGCAGUGGCCUAUGGGCUGAAUGAGUGUGGGGCCACUCACCUGAUCACCAGCGCAGAGCUACUGGAGACUAAACUCAAGAAUGUUUUGCCAGAAAUGCGCAACCUGAAGCACGUUAUAUAUGUGGACAACAAGAGCAUCAGCAGGACGGGCUACCCUGAGGGCAUUCAGAUCUACAGCAUGCAGGCAGUACAGGAGUUGGGAGCCAAACCUGACAACUUGAGUGUAGCGGUGCAGCGGCCAGCCACAGACCUGGCCGUGGUCAUGUACACCAGCGGCUCAACUGGACGACCCAAAGGAGUCAUGAUCAUCCACAGCAACCUGAUCGCUGGCAUGACGGGCCAGUGUGAGAGGAUCCCAGGACUGGGGCCAAACGAUACCUACAUUGGCUACCUGCCUCUAGCUCAUGUGCUGGAAAUGACUGCUGAGAUCUCAUGUAUGACGUAUGGCUGCAGGAUUGGCUACUCUUCCCCACAAACACUCUCUGACCAGUCAACAAAAAUCAAGAAGGGCAGUAAAGGAGACUGCUCUGUGUUGAGGCCUACUCUGAUGGCAGCUGUACCGGAAAUAAUGGACCGCAUCUACAAGAAUGUGAUGAACAAGGUGCAGGAGAUGAACUAUGUGCAGAGGACACUCUUUAAACUGGGCUACAACUACAAAUUGGAACAGAUCAAAUUGGGCUACGAUGCCCCACUCUGCAACAUGCUGCUGUUUAAGAAGGUGAAGGCUCUGCUGGGAGGGAACAUCAGGAUGAUGCUGUCAGGAGGAGCGCCCCUGUCCUCCGCCACCCAGCGCUUCAUGAAUAUCUGCUUCUGCUGCCCCGUGGGACAGGGCUAUGGCCUCACAGAGACCUGCGGAGCGGGUACCAUCACAGAGGUGGCAGACUACAGCACUGGGAGAGUAGGAGCCCCCCUCAUCUGCUGUGAGGUCAAACUACGAGACUGGGUUGAGGGUGGAUACACCAGCCAGGACCAGCCCCACCCCCGUGGAGAGAUCAUGAUUGGUGGGCCCAACGUUACCAUGGGUUACUAUAAGAGCGAGCACCUGAACAAUGACUUCUGGGUGGAUGAGCAGGGCCAGAGAUGGUUUUGUACCGGGGAUGUGGGGGAGAUCCACCCUGAUGGCUGUCUGCAGAUAGUGGACCGUAAGAAGGACCUAGUCAAACUGCAGGCAGGAGAAUACGUGUCCUUGGGGAAAGUGGAGUCUGCUCUGAAGAACUGCCCCCUUAUUGACAACAUCUGUGCAUAUGCAAACAGUGACCAGAACUAUGUGAUAAGCUUUGUGGUACCGAACCAGAAGCAGCUGACAACUCUGGCCAAUAACAAUGGCAUAAGUGUUGCCUGGGAGGACAUCUGUAACCACCCAGCCAUGGAGAAGGAGGUCCUGAAGGCCAUCAAAGAGGUGGCUGUCUCAAUCAAACUGCAGCGUUUUGAGAUCCCAGUGAAAGUGCGUCUGAGCCCAGAGCCCUGGACCCCUGAGACUGGCCUGGUGACAGAUGCAUUCAAACUGAAGAGGAAGGAGCUGAAGAAUCACUUCCAGACUGAUAUCGAGAGAAUGUACGGAGGGAAGUAGAGCCACCAUCCGAUCUAACCAAAGAACGGUUUCCUUAUAACUAUCACCAGUGAUGCGUGUGUGUGUCUGAAUAAUAAUAAUUCAUUUCAUUUGUAUAGUGCUUUUCAUAAGAGUUAUCUCAAAGUGCUAUUGAAAAAAAAGUGUACAAAACAUUAGGAACACCUUCCUAAUAUUGAGUUGCACCCGCUUUUGCCCUCAGAACUGCCUCAA